CGCUGUAUGUAGGUCACAGGGUGAAAGGGUUGUUAUGGUCAAAUUUUCGGAUUGUGGCCUGAAAAUUUGACCAUCGAAUGGCGAAAGGGGUACGAGGGAAUCAAAGAUGACAAAGGAACUGAAGUUACACAGUCCGGCUGGAGCGGAAUCAGCCAUUUACACGUGGCCUUUUCCCGAUACGGAGGGAAAAGAUGGGUCGUGUGAAAUAGUUGAUACUAUAAGAUGGGUAUGUGCAGACUAUCCAGAGUUAAAGAUAGCAUUGGAAAAGACAGCCUGUAUUAAUGAUUAUGAUAUUAAAAGUUAUGAGAGUAUGAAAAAUAUAUGUGAUAAAUAUAACAGAGCUAUUGAUAGUAUUCUUCAACUUUGGAAAGGCAGCACUAUAUAUAAACCUAAUGAAAGACCAACUAGAGGUCAUUUAAAACAUAUUUUACAACAAUGUUAUAAUAAAGCUGUCAAAGAUCCAGAUAAAUUGAACCAAUAUGAACCAUUUUCACCAGAGGUAUAUGGUGAAACAUCAUUUGAAUUAGUAGAACAGAUGAUCAACUAUAUUAAUUUUACUGAUACAGAUUACUUUAUAGAUCUUGGUAGUGGUGUUGGACAAGUAGUAAUUCAAGUAGCAGCUUCUACUAAUUGUAAAUAUUGUUAUGGUAUGGAAAAGGCUGAUUAUCCAGCAGAAUAUGCAGAGAUUAUGGAUCGUGAAUUUAGAAAAUGGAUGAAAUGGUAUGGUAAAAAACAUGGAGGGUAUAAGAUUGAAAAGGGAGAUUUUCUCUGUGAUGAAAUGAAAGAAAAAGUCAAUAAUGCAACUGUGAUAUUUGUUAACAAUUUUGCUUUUGGUCCAAAUGUUGAUCAUCAGUUAAAAUUGAGGUUUUCUAAUAUGAAAGAAGGUGCCAAAAUUGUUUCUUCUAAAGCUUACUGUCCCUUAAACUUUAGAAUAACAGAUAGAAAUUUAAGUGAUAUUGGAUCUAUAAUGCAUGUGGUGGAAUUAUCGCCAUUGUGCGGGGCCGUGUCAUGGACAGGCAAGCCCUUUACAUACUUUGUUCACACUAUAGAUCGUACACUGUUAGAGAAAUACUUUCAACGAUUGAAAAAUCCAAAAGCAAAGGUAAAUUUUUUUUUAAUUUUUUAA